AUGGAAUCGGCUAAUUCGGACGGAGUUAUAAACACAGAACUUAGGAAAAAUGAUGAAGCUGAGAAUGAUAUUCACCCUCCAUUAUCUGUUUGCUGCUCAGAAAAAUCCUACGGCCAGUGUUCGCCUCCUGUCUGCUAUGUUGAACUAGCUGGACAUAAAUCAACAAAAGACCAACAGUCUUUGGCUGAUAUUGAUCCUGAAUUUCCUCCCGGAGAAGGGACAUCUAGUGCGACAGUUUUAGAUACCGUUGAUGGCCCCUCUUCAACGCCUAAAUCGGGAUUAAUUGUCAAAGAUGGCGAUAACGGAGAAUGUGCUUCAUUGAUUCCCACUCCUCCUCUAUCUAUAGUUCCCUCCUCCAUUGUUCAGGAUCAGGGAAAUGCGACAACUACAUCUGUUCCUGGUCCUCUGGUUGACGCCUCUCUUGAGCCUUUGUCUGAGGGUCGUCUUGUGAUUGUUGAAAAGGAAUCAGUUGAUGAGGAGGAUGUUGAUGAGCGUCCUCUUGUGGUCGAUCUCGGGGAUUCACCUAGACCUGCUACCCCCACAGAAGAGAAAAUGUCCGAAGCGAAAGCUGGUGGUGGAGUAUUUAGAAAGCCUUCUAUUCCAGCCUCUAAGAUCUCACUUAAUGAUAUGCCUUCACCACAUUCUCAAUCGCAGUCUCCCAAAAUUCCACCACCACCACCACCACCAGUUACCGUAACCACAGCCACUACUAAGGCCAUUCCAUCCUCGGUUUCAACUCCAGUGACAAAGUCGUCAUCAUAUUCCACUUCUACUAUUAUCCCGGUCACUUCUUCUCAGCCUACUUCUAUGUCGGUAACCACACCGAAUCCUAUGCCUUCGACGACGUCUACAUCUUCUCAUUCUCAUCCACCUCCAUUGCCUCCUACUCUCCGUGUACAAAAACCCAUUCGUCCUUUUAUCCCCCCAACAACGCAUUUCAUCCCACCACCACCGCAAUUACUAGAGAUUAGCAAUAGUCACUCGUCGACCUCAGUCGCCUUGUCAUCUCAAUCGACUUCACAAUUUCUUGCCUCCACUUCCUCCCUCACUGGCACAUCUACAACAUUUCGACUCCAGGCGUCCCAGUUGUCUCAUUCGAGCACUCAACAGCAUCCUCUACCACUACCGCAGCCAACGAAUAUCUCUGGACCAACAGCAAUACACCAACAGCCGAAUGGCGCUAACAACAACAACAACAAUGUCCAGUUUAUGUCUGUUCUUGCACCAUCUCCCUCUCAGGGUCCAGGUGGUGUCCAACAUCCGCCCAUUCAGCUCUUCAAUCUUGCACCCAUGCCCGGCUAUCUAAAUCCAAGUUCAGGUCUUCUCUUUCAUUCAAUACCAUCUGCAUUAGGGGGCGGUGCGAACGGAAGUGGAAAUCAGCCAGGAACCUUCCAUUUUGCCCCACCACCGCCUCCACCGCCACCAACUCUCUUUUCUUCUCACCACCACCAUCAACAACAAACAGUCUCUCAUCACCAGCCUCCUCUGCCCCAGCAGACGAAUUUUGCGACUAGACCGAAUACUCCUUCCUCUAUGGCUGCACCUGCUUCUCUGCCCCCUCCUCCACCACUUGCUCCUGCUCCAGGAAUCUCUUCGCUCCAUUCAAGGUCUGCUGGUGGUAAUAGUGUUCCUAUGGCUGGAGUCUUCUUUCCCGAUAUGAACUCCUGGAUGGCAUCGAUGGCAGGCACCCAGGGUAUUAUGCCACCCCUCCAAUCUAUAUUUCCAUGCCAACAGCCACCGGUAUCGAUCUCAGGGUCAGGAGAACCGCCAACCUUCUCAUUCGCCAACACUACUACCUCUGCUUCCACAGCUGCAACCACAGUAAACACAUUAGCAUUGACAACCCCGUCAACUUCUUCAAACCAACUCUCAUCACCUGGUCCCAAUCCUCAACCUCCCCAUCCUCCUCCUCCUGCUUCUACUCCGAUCUCCAUCGCAAUGACACAAAUGAGUGAAAAGGCACCAAUUUCAAUAGUAGUUAAUGGCAACACACGCGAAGCACUGAGUACAUCAACAAUAUCAGCAAUCACACCAUCUACUUCCUCCAGUUUGUCCAUUUCUACUCGUCGCUGGAGGCCUUCAUUGACAUCGCCAUCGGGAAAGAAGACUCCUUCAGACCAGACUGUUUCUACAACGGAGAAACCUUCUGUUUCAAAGGAGAACACCGUAGCUGAGCAUAAGUCGGUUUCAGAACAUUCCGCUUCUGGAACCGAUACCACGAUUUCGAUGACCUUCUCAGACUCUGAAAAGGUUGCUACAAUGCUGGAACAACGCAAAAAAGAAGAGGAAAAGAACUCUUCUCCUGAAUCGAAGGAAGAAUUGGAGACCGACAGGUCGAACGAGGAUCCAGAAAAGGCGUCGAAAAAGGAGAAAGUCUUCCCAAAGGGAGAGAAGUCAAAACCUGUCGAAACAUCGAUAAGGAAAAACUCAAUUUCUUCGACUUCAAAGGUCUCAAAAGGCAGCAAUCAUGCGUCGAAGAAGAAGAAGUCGUUACGCCAGUCAUCGGCACCGAGUGUGCUGACCCCGUCCCAGUCGAACACACCUUCAACAAUUCUUCCACAGCGCAAAAUCAUCUCUCACUUCAUUGAUGGCCACGUGCUCUAUGAGAGCAAUCUACCUUUUCCGGCAAGUCACUUCAAUAUGCCUGACCACUUAACUCUGUUGUUCGGAAUGCAACAUCAUUUGUGGAGUCAUUUUUGCAAAAAUGCAACGGAGGUAAGUCUAUUUACGCGACCACCACCACCACAACAACUGUCGUCAACAGCAAUGAGAGGGAAGAGGAANCGAGGUACCUCGGGGUGUGCCCCAUACGCUGACGCCUUUGAGAUAAAUGAGGUGGACGGUGAAGCUCUUGUACUUCUCUCUUCAUCAACAUCUAAUUUCAUUGCGCCUCCUCUUUCAAUGAAAAUUGGUCAUGCUCUCAAACUAGCAAACCGAGUCAAGACUCUCACUUCCUCUUCUACCUCUUAUUCUGAUACGAUUGUAGGCUGA